CACUCAUUGUCCAAUGAAUUUUCUCUGCAGUGAAAAAUGGCCGGCGCCAACGACUGGUUCAGCAUCGGUAGUACGGUGGCAUGUAAAACGUGUUACAAUAAAGAUAUCGAAGGCGAAGUGCUUGCAUUUGAUCCACAAACAAAAAUGCUCAUCUUGAAAUGUCCAUCGUCGAGUAAUCGGGCAUCGUUAAAUGAUGUGCAUAUAGUAAAUUUAUCAAAAGUAUCAGAUGUACAUGUAAAACGUGAAGUAAGUCCAACAAUGAGUGAACCACCACAAAGUUUGAAUUUAAAUAGGCUAAAUACACGUGUACGUAAUCAAAUUGAAGAGAAAAAAAGGAUGGUUAAAGCUCUGCAGGCCGGAGUAUCACCCGAGGGCCAAAGGCUUUUUAUUGCAAUUUCAAAAACAAUUAACGAUAUUGUUUGGAGUGGACAAAAUAUCGUUGUUUUUAAUACCGUCACCAUUAUACCGCCAUAUAAAGUCGAUAAUGUACACAGCAAAGUCGAUGAUCAAGCCUAUAUACACGUUAAAAAAGUAGUCGAGAAACACAUGAAGGAUAUGGCAGCGGCAGAUAUUCCACAACCGGAACAACAACAACAGGAACAGGGGCAAAAAGGUGGCAAUGCCCAAUAAAAAAAAAAAAAUAUGCAGUUUACGCUGAAAAAAAGAAAAUUGUGAGGGUAAAGAAAAAAAAACAGCUGGCAAAUUUUUUUUUUCUUCAGCGAAAUUCAAAAUAAAAAAACAAAGUCAAGAAGAAAAAAAAACAAAA